AUGAGCCAACCUAGAAUCUUUGACCUGACCCUCUAUUGUUGGUUCGAGAUAUUUAAACAUAUCAAACUAAGCUGCGAGACAACCGACAGCCUAAAAGGCAGAUAUAACCUGGUCAAGUACUUGGAUCUCAUCAACUUUGCCAUAACUCUUGAGUGCAUAACAGAAGCUUUCAAGGAAUGGAGCCCGCAGCUCUACGAAGAACUUGACAUCGAGAACACCUUUUUAAAUAGUUCGCCCUGGAUAACAAUCGAUUUCAGCAGUCGUUAUGAGGCCUUGCAGAAAAUUUCGGAAAAGGACAAGGAUUUAUUUUGGAAAUCCUUCUUCAGUGUCAUCGAGGAGAAUGAAAAGCUGCAAAGCGUAACCCUCAGAUAUGAGCCAAAGCAGUUCUACCCAGACCAUUUCGAUAGAUUCGCGGCCUUAGUAAAUGCACUCAAAGAUAAGAAAACCCUUACACAUUUGGACAUUAAAAUGCAGGGCUAUACCUUUGAGAAUUUUCCAAAGUUGAGCAACUUGAGAGACUUAUGUCUCAAUGUGCGUAUGAAUGCUGAUGAUCUGAUCGAGUUUUGUAAAUCAAAUCCAAAGCUACGCUCCCUCGAAUUUAAAAGUACUGAGCUAUAUGGACGCUUGGCUGAUAUUGUGCCUUAUUGCAACAGUCUGGAGAAGCUGACCUUUACGCCGAAGCCCGAGGUGGAUGCCGUGGAAUAUGCCCCAUUGGCCAAGUUACCGCGACUCGAAAAACUAAGUCUGAUUGGACACCACCAAGAGGGUACGCUCGUUAACUUGUUCAAAGGCCUCAAAUUGAAGAACUUGGAAAGAAUAUUAAUCCCGGACAUUUUCCUUAGUAAGGAGGAGACUCAAACGCUGGCCGAAAUAAAUUCUUUAAUUAUGAUCAAAAGUGCCUUUAGGAAUAUACCGAGUAUUGUAAAUUUGGCAAAGCUUCCAAGGCUACAAUAUCUAUCUGUUAAAACUCAAUCAGGGCAAUCUGAUUUAUUAGAACCCUUAAUACCUUUAGUAACCAGGACCUGUGUUGAAAUCAUAUCAGAUUCCUUUGGAUUCCUUAUGUUGUUUACCGAGGAAGAUGGUGUCCUCCGUUUGAAAUUUGAUCUUCCUAAAGAUCUUGAAGAAGAUGGAACUUCUAAGAAGCCACAAAUUCUGCAGAAACUUGUAUUCAUGCGGGAUAGUCCCCCAAGCGUGGAGGAAGCUAAUGCACUUGCCGCCAUUCGAUCUUUAUCGCUCACACUUUGCAAGUUUAAACAUAUGGAACGUAUAAUGGCAAUAAAGAUACAGCAACUCAAUGGGCUUACAGAAAAAGCCAAAAGAGUUGAUAAAAUCAAAACUGAACAGGUGGAAAUUCGCUUUAUCCAUGACAGCAAUGAUAAAGUGACGCUAACUUUUGACUUUCCCGGCAUUGAAAUUGACCACCGCAUCUUUGCUCCCCUAAAAAAAUUGCAUAAAUUGAGAAGAGUUGAGGUCAAAGGGAAUCUGAGAGAUGGUUCUUUAGGAACCCUCUUUGAGAGUUUGGCUUCCCAAAAUCUUCAGGAACUUCAAAUCCCCAUAGUUGACCCCGAAGAGCUUCGGGCUUUGUCACAAAUCAAUAGCUUAAAAGUCCUAAGCUGUGGCUUAUACUGCUCUCGAAAUAUAGAAAAUCUGGCCGAUUUGACACAACUCGAGUCCCUUACCUUAACCGUUCAUCCCAAAGGCUCUUUGAAAACCCUGUUCGAGUUGCUGGCCUCCAAGGAAGAUCAUGUACUCAAAAGUCUAAAUAUUCAGAAUAUUGUACUCACAGUUGAAGAGAUUUACCAAGUAAGUCGCAUUAAAUCCUUGGAGAGCGUUUCAAUGGGUCAAAAGUUUACCAAACUGAAUCCUUGGGUUACAGAAAAGUGCCUAAAACGACGAAGUUGCCAAAAGUGUUUAGCAUCUCCUGAAAAACCCAUUGAUCAGCCACAUGAUACGAAACUCGAAACAAGUUGUAGUCAAAACAUAAAUGAGGCCGAGUUGGUUGCUUCUAAAUACUCGGAUGUUUUUCAGGGAUAUUCAUCAAAGAGUGCCAAUAACUGGGAACUCUUGGCCGAUCUGCCCCAUCUAAAGGAACUAAGCCUAAAUACCUCCUUUAAGGUCGAGUGCCUGCAAAAUCUUUUAAAGAAAUUAUCUCAUCAGAAACUCUCCAAGUUUUCCCUCACUCUUUAUCCCGAGCGUCCCGAGGAUGAAGAGAGUCUAUAUCAGAUUAUUGAACAAAUUGGUCUUCUACAAAAUCUAACAGAUUUGUACUUGGAGAACUCUGAAGGAUAUGUUUUAAGUGAUCUCUUGGACUUACUUCAGUCUUCCUUGCUACUCCGAAGCCUUAUGCUGAAUAGAACAUAUAUUGAUCACGAGGAAACUCUAAAAGUUGGUCGAAUGAAAAAUCUUGAAAAAUUGCUGGUGGGAUUUUCCAAUGAAGAUAGCUUUCAGGUGCUCACAAAAUUAACUGAGCUGAGGGAUUUGCAUAUAAAUUCACCUCACGAAAAUAUUGUAAACAAAAUAAUGCCCAUUUUAAGAACAUGUAAAAAACUCAAAAAUAUAUUUCUUACUCAAAAUUUGAGUCAGCAGUUCAUAGAUUCCUUAUUAGAAACUCUUAAAUCAGUGAGGGAGCCCAGCAUUCAGGGUCCUUUGAUACUCAAAGCUCAACCAAAGGAUUCAGAUUUUCCAGUAGAGUUAAACAUACUUGAUUUAACUUAUUUAAACAUUGAACAAGAUGAAGGCUUUCAGGACACAGAAGGUUUGGAAAUUGCAGCCAUGACACUUUGGACUCGUUGGUGGUAGAAAAUAAUAGUAAACGAAAUUUUCAACUGAAAUUAAAACGAAACAACAUAAAAUGUCCGAGAGCCAUUAAAAUGCAUUCGAAUCGAAACACAUUUCAUUACUAAUCAGAGCGAUAGCCGCCGGAAUGCUCAUGCAUUUUUAAUGCCCCCAUUUUGUGGCCGGAAGGAAGCUCAACACGUAAACGUGUUAAUAUGGACAACACAAUCUAUUAAUUUGUCAACAAUAAAGUAAGACAGCGACAGGCGACAUCGUUCCCGAAUGAGAGCAUUGAUUGGCGACACCGGACCAGGAUGGGCUCUCUCUCUUGACUCCAUCUUCAUCUCCAUCUCCAGUUCCAUCUCCAUCGGGGAGCCCGGCCAGCUUGUUGUCAGCACAGCAGGUACGAAAUUAAUAUGCGAGCAACAAUUAAGAUAAGCGCGCAAAGUUGUGAAGUGGCUGCUGCGAGGAGGGCGCAGUCGGUGGCCCCAAUUGAGGUUGUCCGGCGGAGCGAGACCACAGCAGCCGCCAAUGACUAAGGCGACAACAAGCUGGCAAGUCGGCAAGUUGGUGGAAAAAAAAAAACAAAAAACCACCGCCAGAGAAGACACCAAGUCACAGAGAGAGAAAAAUAUAUCACAAAAAUCUGUCAACAGUUUGGUAUUUCCUAUUGAUUUUUACGAAUCCAAUAUAUGGAGAUUUAUACACAAAAAGUAAUCUUAAAAACUUGGAAAUACUCUUUUAAUUUCACUAAAAUUUAAUCUAAAGUUUUGUUAUUAUUUUGUUAAUAUUUAUUUCUAAAAAAGAGACAUUGAUCUAUGAAAAAUGUAGAAGAAAUACACUUCAAGUAUAGUGUUUAUAUUUAUUUAAUUUAAUUUAUUGUAAUCCUUAUAAAAUGUAUAAUAUUUCUUCCUUAGUUUAUCAAAUAUUUUCCUUUGUGUACAGAAAAAACGGAGAAGAGCCAGACUUGAUCGCACCUCGCCAACUGCUUCCUCUCACUGCAGACUCUGCGGUAGCCCGGGAAUACAACAAAAAAAUACAGAAACUACAACAACAGCAGCUAAAAUAUUUUAUAUAAGUUGGAAAAAAAAUUUAACCACAUCCAUUAAGCAAGACCUUGAUGACAAACGGCGGCAAGUCUUUCGUGCGAUAAUAAUAAGUAUUCAUUUCAGAUACAAUUUUUUGGUUGCUUCUUGCCUUUAGCAGCGGUUUUCUGGCUUUUAUUAAUUUUGUUUUUUUAUUUUUCAUGUUGUUUUUUGGUAUGUUUAUACCUAUAAUAAAAA